UUUUAGAAGAAGAAGAGAAGGGAAGGGCUCUAACAGUCCCACGUCACCCGCUAACUCACUUGCUCGGCAAGCCUUCUGUGGCUUUCUCUCUCUCUAUCGUGCUUUGUAAAGUUCUCUCCUGCUUCUGCUCCUGCUGCUCAUCUCAAUUAUCAAACGCUUCCUCUCUCGCUGCCUCCCACGGAUGGCAGCACCAAUCAACAACUUCUCUUUUGCACUCCAAAAACCAUUUGGGCAGUCUUAGAAUUCUCAAGCUAGAGGCUGUCUUGGAAAGAAAAGUUGGUGGAAUUGAUGUUGUUUUUCAAUGUACAUUCAUUGCCUUUUGCCAUAUCUAGCUGCUAUAUUUCAUACAGGGGGGAUAUCGAUUGACUUUGGGCAUCAGUAGUAAUGUUUAGAAGUAACAACAUCGUUGCAAGGAUUUUUCAGCGACAAAUCUGCACUCCUGCUCCCGGAACUAGUGUUCAUUGCGCUAGAAGAUUUUAUGAGAAUUUAGUUCCAAGUUUUACCAUAUAUGAUGUUGAAUGCCCAGACCAUUCAUUUCGCAAAUUUACAGAUGAUGGUCAAUACCUUAUAAGUUUCAGCAGAAAUAAUCAGGAUCUGAUUGUUUACAGGCCAACCUGGCUUUCAUUUUCAUGCAAAGAAGAAGAUUGUGAUUCUCAUGAUCUACCUUCAAAAGCAAGGAGAUUUGAAAGCUUCUUUACACAGUUAUAUAGUGUAUCACUUGCCUCCUGCAAUGAACUUAUAUGCAAAGAUUUCUUCCUUUACAUGGAUAGUAACCAAUAUGGAAUAUUUGCUACUUCUACUGUACCAAGCCAAGAUGCACCUGCUACUGGAGGAGCUAUUCCAGGAUUCCCGUCAAUAGAAAAGAUGACCUUUCAUCUAUUGAGAUUGGAAGAUGGAGUUAUACUAGAUGAGAAAGUCUUCCACAAUGAUUUUGUUAAUCUGCCUCAUAACAUGGGUGUCUUCUUGUAUGAUGAUCUAUUGGCUAUUGUGUCACUUCGCUAUCAAACAGUACACAUUCUCCAAAUUAGGGACUCUGGGAACCUUGUGGACGUACGAGCUAUUGGGGCAUAUUGUCAUGAAGAUGAUGAACUUUUUCUCAAUUCAAAUGCUCAGUGCAUGGCAUUUCCUGACAAAAGUAAAAUGCAUCAGUUGCCUCAGAAUCAUGUUCAGAAUGGGUUACAUCACAGCCAGCCUAAUCUAGAAGAGUCUUUUCUGAGUGGCAUCAAACAACGCUUGCUUUCAUUCAUAUUCCACAGAAUAUGGAAUGAAGAAAAAGAUCGGACCUUGAGGGUCCAGUGCUUGAAGAAGAAAUUUUAUUUCCACUUUCAAGAUUAUGUAGACUUGAUUAUAUGGAAGGUACAAUUCUUGGACCGGCACCACCUGCUAAUCAAAUUUGGUAGUGUAGAGGGAGUGGUAUCACGAAAUGCCGAUCAGCACCCUGCUUUUUUCGCUGUAUAUAACAUGGAGACCACUGAAAUUGUUGCAUUUUAUCAGAAUUCUGCAGAGGACCUAUAUCAUUUGUUUGAGCAGUAUUGUGACCACUUCCACUCAACAUCAAGAAAUUCUUUGUAUAUGAAUUUCAUAUCAUCUCACUCAAAUAAUAUUCAUGCUCUGGAGCAACUAAGAUCCAUAAAAAAUAAAGCAACCAGCUCUUCACAGUUUGUAAAGAAGAUGCUGGGCUCUUUACCUUUCAGUUGUCAGUCGCAGAGUCCUUCUCCCUAUUUUGACCAAUCUCUCUUUCGGUUUGACGAAAAGCUGAUAUCUGCAACCGACCGGCAUAGACCGUCAACAGACCAUCCCAUCAAGUUCAUUUUAAGAAGGCCCCCAUGUUCCCUCAAAUUUAAGAUCAAACUAGGUCCCGAAGCUGGUAGCGCGGAUGGUCGGACAAAAAAGAUUUCUUCAUUCCUGUUCCAUCCAUUUUUACCCCUUGCUCUCUCUUUUCAGUAUACUUCGUUCUCACAGCCAUCAGUUGUGAAUAUUCAUUUCCGAAGAUGAAGAUUCUAUAAAUCUCGUUGGCUGAUUGCUCCAAGUUGUGACAACAACCUUGAAUGAGAUUCUACUCUAGGUUAGAUAUAUUCAGCAAAGUUAAAUUUAUUUUAGUAGUUGUAUAAUAAUGCACAUUCAACGUUGUACACACGAAGCACUUACCCAUAACAAUACAUUCACGACUUUGUAACAUUGCAAUGAGCAUUAACAAGCAAAAGUAACUACUCAUUAUUGGCUUAGGAAAUUCUCCCUGAGAUUCGAUAUAUAGGUAGUGCCUUAUAUUAAUGUUUUCACAAAAGAAAAAGAACAGAUGCAAUAUAUAAAUGUUGCUGAUUGGAUUUGCAA